AUAUCUCAGGUCUACCACUUGUGCUUCUUUACAGUCAUCACUGAACUUUGAGAAACGUACUGAAAAAUUUCCAUGGGCAGAGAAUCGUUAUGAAGCAAAUUGCAGGGAACAAAACUCUUCAGAUCAGUUUGAUGCUAACAUCGGAUGGACUAAUGCAGGGCAUUUGGGGAGAAAAGAGAGGAAUAGUUGGCGUUCACAAGGCAGAAACAUUCCAGAAACUCCAAACCAUCGCGAGGGAUACCAUGGCGGAGGUUCCCGUACUCGUACCAGCACUUUCUAUUGUGGAAGAAGCCAAGGGCUGCAUGAAAACAGUGUACCUGCUAAUGGAACUAGGAAACAGGAAGACAAUGAAGUACCCAAGCAUUUUAAGGCUGAGGAUUUUCCAUCUUUAAACCCUGAAUAUGAGAGAGACUCAAACCGGAACAAAUCUUUAGCUGCAGGUGUGUGGGAGUACCCAUUGAAUCCUAAACCUAGGUCUCAGAGAACGCUGGUCAUUACAAACAGCAGCGCAAAAGAACGAGUAUCUGGGUUCCAAGCUGUGGGAAGUCUACACUCACAGCCUGUAAGGAAUGGAACUGGCACAAGUGUUUAUAAAACAUUAGCCCCCAAACCUGUCACUCUACCCACAAAGCCUACACAGUGGAAAAGCCAAGCAAAAGAAAAUAAACGUGGGAAUGCCUUUCCUUAUGAAUCAGUAUAUGGUGUUUGCAAUUCCAGUCCUUUCACAUCAACUGUCAAGGCAUUUACUGCAACCCAAAAUCCAGUGAGAGAG